AUGUAUGUGUGUUACUUGCCAGCUGCCCCAUUCGGGGACCUGCUGUUCGGUCCUAACUCUGUCCCUCUCUUCCGCAGGUCGAAGGUUUCCUUCAAGAUCACGCUGACGUCGGAUCCGCGGCUGCCCUACAAAGUACUCAGUGUUCCUGAAAGUACACCUUUCACAGCAGUCUUGAAGUUUGCAGCAGAAGAAUUCAAAGUUCCUGCAGCAACAAGUGCAAUUAUUACCAAUGAAUUAAAUCUAUCUUCUGUAGAACUUGCAAGCAUUAUUGCAUUGAUGGAUGUUCUUAUCUAA